AAUAAUUUAAAUAAUUUCCUUCUGGUUAGUGUGUUUUAAUAUGUUUUUUCAGAACUGAACGAAACGCCUAAUAAAACUAGUUUCGUCUUUCAAGCAGCAUACUACAGAAAACAAAGAAACUGACGUCUACGGCUGCGCAGCCCUGCGCAGAAUCUGGUAAAAUUGAAAACAGUUAAGACGUUUGAUUGGUUCCCCAUUACAUCAAUCAUUCGAGUUCGGCCAGAGUCAUUUCCUUUGCGGCCAGUUGAACUUUUUUUUGGUUAAGUGGAAGCAAUGAUUCUGUACUUCUUGCUGUGAUGGAGGCAGGGGGAUUUUAGCAAACGCGGACAGGGCGCAACACCGAUGAUGGACCAGACUUCGGAGUCAGGAGAUUCGCAGCUGUCCGCUCAACACAUUCAUGUCCAAUUGCAAGGAGGAGCUCCUUGGGGGUUCACUUUGAAAGGAGGGCUUGAACACGGAGAACCGCUGAUCAUAUCCAAGAUUGAAGAUGGGGGAAAGGCUGCUUUGUCCAAGAAGCUGCUUGUUGGGGAUGAACUUGUGAACAUAAAUGGUUCUUUGCUUUAUGGUUCAAGACAAGAAGCUCUCAUCCUCAUCAAAGGUUCCUACAGAGUUCUCAGAAUGGUGGUCUGCCGGAGAAAUGUUCCUGUAGUAAGACCCCACUCAUGGCACUUGGCCAAGCAUUCUGAGCAGCAUCCAGACAACCCUGCCAUGCACUUCCGACCAGGCAGCUUUAGUUUGUCUUGGCACUCGGGUUGCGAAUCCAAUGACAUUUCAAUGCAAUGGAAUCGACUUUCACGGCAUUGCAGUACUGACCGAAGCAGUUCUAUUGGAAGUAUGGAAAGUCUAGACCAGCCUAGCCAGGUUUAUGACAGACAGAUGUCCCCGGUAGAGCAAGCUGCUUUUCACAACAAGAGGGACUCUGCAUAUAGCUCAUUCUCAGCAAGCUCCAAUACCUCAGACUGUGCCAUAAGUCUCAAGCCUGAAGAAUCAACUUCAAUGGAUAAUUUACUGCGUGGAUUUAGUCCUUGCAGAUAUAAUGAAGAGAGAUACUCAUUUGGAGUUGGUGAGCAUGGAGUACAGUCUCUGGAUGGGAAAUUUUUUACAGUUCCAAGCAAUGUGCAAGGACCGACAUCACUUUGCAAUUAUGGUGAUGCUCGUAGCUGCAUUAGUUCAAAUGGUCCUCCACCUCAGCCUCCUCUUCGUAGGGAAAGUUUUGCUGCAUCAAGAUGUUUGCCUUCAUCUGGUUGUACAGAUAAGCGUAGAGCGUCUGCACCUGUGGACAUGCUACAUCUAUCGGAUAACUGGUUUGCUGGGUCUAACCUGAAAGAUAGUAGUGAGCAUGCAUACUCUGUUGAUGUAGUAAACUCCACAUACUCAAGUGAUUUUAAAGAUGGUAGUGCAACAGAUCAAUACUAUACUUUAAACUCCCAAAUAGAAAACACAGAUUGUGUUUGCCCACAGACUAUGACAAGCAUGAAAAAUUUACAUAAUCAAGAAUUAGUCAUCACACAAAAAAAUUCUAGUCCUGCCUUAAAUUUGACAAGACCAGAGGGGAUUCAUUGCCAUAAAGACCAAAGUAAAUCUUGUGGAAAGGAAGAUCGAUCAGAUACAUGUGCUAUGUCCAAAUAUGUAAAAAAAAAAAGAAAAUUUGAUGGUCCAUCCUGUCCAUAGACAAGUGCACCAGAACAGCUGUCUUCGCAGGAGUUACGACUGUUUGACACUUCCAACCAUUGUCAAGACAGGCAAGCAUCUCAAGAUGUGGUGGUAUGUAAAGAUUCAUCUUUGAACCUUAAAAAUGAGCAAGUAUUUCUGCCAAGGCAUGAACCUGUGCAAAGUGAAAACACAAAUAAUUGUGAUGAAUGGACUGACAGCCGAUGCUCCACACCAAGAUCAGCCAUGUUUUUAGGCAGAGAAGGAUGCAAUCCCAGUUCUUUAGAUGUGUGCAGUCUGGAAUGGUCACAUGGUAAACCUGUUGACCAACAGUUACAUGCUUCAUCAGAAGUCCUAGACCAAAACAUUGGUUAUGAGAUGACAGAUUCUAGCGUGAACAAACUAUUGAAGGAGAAUGAAAAGAAGCCGGUAAAAAAACCAGAAGUGCCUGCAAAGCCUGCUCCAUUUCGUCAGCAUAGAUCAUCAAAGGCUAGACGCAGAAGUGAACGCUUUGCCACCAAUCUGCGUAAUGAGAUUCAAAGAAAGAAAGCUCAAUUACAAAAAAAUAAAGCCUCCUCAUCCCUUUUGUAUGGAGAGGAAACGAUGGAAGAAGUAAAUGAGCUGCCUGAGUAUGAAUCUUCAUGCAGUGAUGGUUCUCCUACCUCACAAAUUAGUUCCACCAGUUCAUGUACAUCCUCUAGAACUGUUGAUGUGCAAAUGCAACAUCCUAUUUCUAAAAGCCCUGAGAUAUUAAAUUCUCCUCCACAUCAAACUCUUCCUUCAAAUUGUGAUAACCAACAGCAAAACCUAGCCAUAGAGCACUUUGAACAAAGAGAGAAUCAUGGGACAAACAUUAGAGGUAGUAGAUGGAAGUGGACACCUGAACACAAGCUGCAGCUUCAAAUAAAACCAGAUUGUAAAGAUAGAGUUUCAUUGGAAACAAUAAAAAACACCAAGGACCCUCCAUUAUCAACAGCAGAAGAGUGUGACAUUCCUCCCUUUGCAGACAGAAGGAAAUUCUUUGAGCAAACUAGCAGAAAUCAGUUUACAACACAAUGUGUAGAUAUGUUGUUUCGGAGUAACAAAUUAGAUCAUUCUGGAAAAUGCUUAGAGAAGGUUAGAUGUAAUGAAAAUAUUAUCCUGCAGCCUACAAGGAGAUCUUCAAUUGAACAGAUUUAUUCAUCUCAAGGAACAAGCUUACCACUUCCCACAAAUACAAGAUCUGUGGAGCACCAAAUAUGUCACAAAGACAAGUCAGAACCUCUGUUGGAUUAUAACUACUAUCAGUAUUGUGGUGCUGCUGUAACAAAGACUGAAGAUUCCAAAAUUGAGCAUGCAGGUGAAGAUGGCAGAACAUUAUCUGUUAAACAAAAUAGACAACCACAUGACAUUUUUUUGCCUUCCAUGCCACCAGAUCAUUGUAAUUUGUCCAAUACUGUUUAUGGAGUAUGUACUCCUCGUGACAUUACUUAUGACACUUCCAGAAGACCUUCAUUUGAGAUGUUUCCUGUGGAAGAGCGGGAACAAACAAAUACCAAUAGGAAGUCGAAUUUGUCCGAGAAGGAAUUCCAAUACAGUAGGGACAGCAUAAACUAUGGAGAUACAUUUCAACAAUCCCAAAGCCCUACUGAGAGAAACUGGAGCCAUCAACAUGCUGUAUCCACUUCAGACUGGAAUAUAGUUAAAAACGAUGUGUCUCCCACUGAGGAACAAAUAGAAGACUAUAAUAAGAACUCUCAGAGAAUGAGAGCCAUGUCAGAAAAUAACAUUUCUAUGGAUGUGAAAAAGUUGCACAGAAAUGCAAUAACGGAGGGGCAGGUAAUUUUAUUUGACCUGGAAGAAGUAAGACGAGGAAGCAAUCAUGCUGUUAUUGACCAUGCUACCAAGAAGAAAGGGUCGCCUCCUCCUAGACCACCACCACCAGAUUGGGAGAAGUAUAAACAGAGAAGGGCAUCUCACCACACCCACUGCAGUUCAUAUUUUCUUUCAGACACAACAGCCUUAUCUAAUAACACACUUGAUCCACCUUCAGAAUCAACAAUGCCUUCUACUGAUCUAAAGUUACCUAGACAUCGAUCCCAAAGCCUGCCUACAAAGAAUGUCUCUGAAAGUUACAUGCAUUGUCAUAAAGAGCUUGCAAACUCUGAACUGUUUCAAAAAUAUACAUCACCCCCGAAAUCCAUCAGUUCAGCCUCCUGGACAGAAAAACAAGAAAUGAAUCCUCAGGUAUCUGAAGAUUUUCAUGUUUCAAGGAUUAUGGGCAAAUGUGCCCUUACAGAUGUUUCUCAGUCCAGAGCAAUAGACCAAAGAGACGAUAAAGAUGUCCUACCCAUCUCAUUGCCCAUAACCCAGAGAAGCAUGAUUCAUGACAAGACACCUUCUUCCAGCAGUAUUCUUCACUAUGGUAAAAAGCCAGAAACAGUCUCCGAGUCCUAUUUUGCAAUGAAUUAUGAGCAAAAUGAGGAUGGGCACAAGGGGCCUGAGGACAACAAAAGGUCUACUCAGAACUCUGUUACAAAUGAUUCAAGUCUGUUAGAAACCAACAUAGAUGAGUGUGCCCAUGAAGUAAAGCAUGCAGCAGAGGAAGUACAACUAAGACAUGGCCCAGUUAAGUCAGCAGUUCAAAGACAUCUGGAUAUUUUGGAGACGGAUAUUGAUACUUUUUCCAAGAAAGGUGAAGGACAACCACAGCUGCUUGUGUUGAAGAAAACUCUAGUUUCCCUAACCCCUGAAGAACUACUGAAUGAGAUUGUGGGUACAGACUGCUCUCUAUCAGCACUUCUGGACCCCCGAGUUAAAUUGCUUAGUGCAUUUGAUCUUGUUGGAGAGAUCUUCCCAUGGAGUCAAGAUAAAAGGCUAAUAGAGCAAAGAAAGAAAAUUCAUAAUAUCCAGGAAAUAAGUGUGGAAAAGAAACCUGAUGUGUGUCCAGUACAGAUAGCUCCUCCCUCUCCACCUCCUAUCUCCGGCUCCUCAGUAAAUUCCACCUCUUGUUCAGCUUACUAUAGCACGUCAGCUGCUAAAGCAGAGUUACUAAAUAAGAUGAAGGAAUUGCCAGGGAUGGCAACAGAAGAAGAGGAUGAUGAGCUCACCUUAAAAAAGCAACAGUUGAUUGAAAGCUUGAGCAGGAAACUAUCAGUUCUGCAUGAAGCACAGAAAAGCCUUCUGGAGGACAUAGGUGUGAAUUGCAUUCUAGGAGAAGACGUGGAGUCUCUGGUUCAAGCUGUGUGCAAGCCAAAUGAAGUAGACAAAUUCCGAAUGUUCAUUGGGGACUUGGACAAAGUGGUCAGCCUGCUGUUGUCCCUGUCUGGUCGUCUUGCAAGAGUGGAGAAUGCAUUAAACAAUCUGAGUUUGGAGGCCAGCCAUACUGAACAGCUGGCCUUGAUGGAAAAGAAGAAACAGCUUUCAGAACAACUGCGGGAAGCCAAGGAGCUGAAAGAACAUGUAGACAAUAGAGAGAGGAUGGUUUAUGAAGUGCUUUCACGCUAUCUCAGCAAAGAGCAGCUUCAGGACUACAAGCACUUUGUCAAAAUGAAGACCGCUCUACUCAUUGAACAGAGGGAACUGGAGGAUAAGAUUAAAUUGGGUGAAGAGCAGCUCAGGUGCCUGCAGGAAAGCAUGGGCAUUGGAUUGGGAUUAAGACACUACUGAAUUUGUUUUCUCUGGAAAUAUAUGCAGUAUCUCACAUCUACACAUGCAGGUUUCUAAAUGUAAAAACUGGAGUUUUGUGCUAAUCUCAUUUACAGAGGUUCAUACGUUUCUAGACACUUUAAAAUAUUUGAAAAUGAUCUAAAGUACAUCUCAGUUUUGUUCUCAUUCUUACUAUACAAUAAUAAAUAAGGGAAUGUCAGCCUGCAGACUUGCUGAAACUUGCAAAAACUGCUUUGAAAUAUACAUAUACUGGAAUAUUAGAUUUUAUAAAUACGUAUCAGGGACAGACAUCAGGUGGUUAUAACACUAAUUCAGGUUUAAUACUGGAUUAUAUCUUUUGUUAGGUUUUUUUUAUUAAUUUAAGAUUUGCAGUCCAAAUAAAACCACAGCAGAAUUCUUCUGUUUUCUGUAUUUCUACUGAAUGCUUCCAGAUAUCAUUGUAAAAAAAUCAAUGAUUUUUGAAGUGUAGAAAUAGAUAUAGGUAGCUUUUGACAUUUGACAUGGUCAGGGCCUCUACAUACCCUUCUGGCUAAUCCAUGCCCACUCUACUGAGCUGCACCUAAUGAAAAGGUUGAAAAUCAGAGUCUCAGUUCUUACAUUAUGGUAUUCAGAAACCACAGUACUUUUAUGUUCAGGUUGUAAACAGUAUUUACAGGCUUCUAUGCUUUUGCAAGUGUUGUUUUGUUGAUGUUUCUAUGCAGCAGACCAAGCGCCUUCAUUCCAUUAUUUUUCUGUUUUUCUCUCUGAACUUGUAGAUAAAGGUAGGACUAUUAGUCUGUCUGUUUGUUACAGUCUGCAUACUAACCAAAAGAAGCAUUCUUUGCAACAUUUGUUUUUAUAACUGUGCUUUACAAUAUUCAACAUCUAUUAAUUUUCUGUGUAAAGGAAUAAUAUACUGUACAUGCCCAGAACUCAUUCAGAUUAUUUUUAUUUAUAUUUAAAACUAAAAGUAAUAUGCUGUUCUGUAAUUUACAUAAAGACAACUAUAUCAAAAAUAUAUUACACACAUUAAUCUGGCAUUCUGUUUCUUAAGAUAUUGGCUACAUUUAAAAUAAUGUUACUACCUUUUGUUUUGCACAGAGCACCCAGUCCCCAAUAAAUAUAAAACCUAAAAUGUACUUUUCCAGAUGUCUUGCAAGUGCAAAAGUCAUACAGUGUGUUUUAGUGUUGUGGUGUAUAUCAUAGAACAGUCUGUUAAGUUUCCUUAGCAUCUCGUCUUUAUUAUUUGAAGUUACGUUUUCUGGCUGACAUGUAAGUACUGAUCUAUACCUCUGUUCUCUUUUAACUGUUACACUCUCCAUGCUCCAGCUGGCACACAGAUAAACCUGGCAAAGGCUGUUGCUGCUGCCACUGUGACCAUUUAGUUAAAUUAAGCCCAUAUUUAACAUUUCUUGAGAAGUUAAAUUACUAAUAAGUAUAUGCAGCAAAUUUUAAUUAUUGUGUUGUAGAUAGCUUAGUAAUAAAAAGGGUCUUUGUUAGUUGUGCCAAAGAUACAAGUUAAUUUAAAGUAUAAUAAUUAAGAUGACAUCUUUAACUUCUUUGGUGCUGCAGAUGUACUUAUUGUAGUACAAAUGUGCUUUCAUAGUACACUACUAUGGUUCUCCUAGAUAACUUAUAAGCCAAAGUGAAUAUUCCAAGUAAUUCUUGUAUGCUUAGAAUGAAAAGGCUGUUAUAAACUACAUAAUCUUUUACGUUUAUUUUGAAUAUUUUACUAGUUAAGCAAAACUGACAUCAUGAUGGAAUGUUUUCUUGGAAAAAAUGAAGAUGCAGCUGAAUAAUUACUAAAAUACUGCAGACAUGUAGGUACCUUUGUACAGAAAAUAAUUGUGUUUUUUGUAAUUUUAAUUGUGUUAAUUUUGAAAUAUAUUCAUAUUAUUCUGUGGAACUAUAAUUUAACAUGCAAACGUUUUAAAGUAAAUUAAUAACAGUGUUGCUUGUUUGUUUAUUGCUCUGAUAUCAUCAGUUGUAAUUUAUUUUCUGUUACUAGUUUGGCUAAAGAGUGGCCUUUUUUCCCCAUUACUGGUGCCUAUUUUGUUCAUUAGAGUUUUCAAUCCAUGUAGUCGCUUGCCAUAUAUGCAUAUUAAAGUAGGCUGUUAUUUGGCAUUAGUUAAAUGGGCCCCACAAUAGUUCUCUGGUUUAUUUUUGAAUUAUUAAAUGUUUACACUGAUAAACUAAAUAAGUUAAAGCUAAAGCGAUUCUCUGGAAUGCACAUUUGGCAUAAUGUCAUGCUCGUAUAUUGCUUCUUAAUAGUUAAUCAUUCAUUGCAGUAGGAGUACUUGCCUUUACAUUCUUAUAACAACUGGCAGCAUGUCAUAGAAAACGAGAAUCCGAUUAUUAAAAUAACAUAACAGUAAUAACCUCAGUCAAGAUUCUUUUGUGAAAGUAUAGCUUCUUGUUUUUGUAAUGAAUGAUUGUUAGUAAAAUAACAUUUUCAGCGCACUUUAUUGCAUUACACCAUUUAAUUGACUGAGUUUUUUUUUUUUUUUUUUUACCUCUUUUGCUAAAAUACUUCUAGUGUGUAAAAGUUUUUUUGUUACUUAUAUUAUCUCUUGUCUAUUCGUACAGUAACUCAACAUAUUUACCAGAAAAUCAAGGUAGAAUUUUUGAAUUCCCUUUCAGACUUGAUUGUGAAAAAGAAUAACAUUCAUCCAAAGCUUAAAGGAUAAGUUUAGUAUUUUUCAAAUAAACAGUUUCUUCACAAGCAUGCUAUAUAUACAUUUGCCACAGAAAAUUGUGUUCUAAAGUUAAGUGUUUACAAUAAAUUUUCAAAAAUAUCUUGCUGUCACUGGCAUUUUACAAUGGAGGCUAACAGGACAUUACCGGAAAAUAAGAGCUUAACAACGUAUCGUAUGUGUGUAAGACAGUUGUCGAGUACUGAUCCACUCCUUGUGAAUACACACACAUUGUAGUAUAGUUUGUCAUUUUUGAACAAGAAAAUACCAAUAUUAUGACAAUAAUACUGAGCCAUUUUAAAAGAAGACCAGUUGUCCACCCCAUCUCAGCGUUUGUCUUCUUUCACAGUAAUCUUUCACUACCACCAAGGGGCUGUCAUUUCCUUUUGAAUGACCAAAUCAGAGUAUUCUUUUUGUGCCACAUGGUUGGUUCUGUAUUUAUCUAAGAACUCACACAAGUAAUUAGAAAACAUAUUCUUACCACAAGAAAAGUAGUACCAGGAAUAUACAAUAAAAUGAUUAUUUUCAGAUCCCUUUUGUUGUCACAGACAUGUGUUGGAAACAUGGAAAGCAUGUUUUCUUAUAUCCAUACUUUUGCUAAUUCAUCUGUGUUUUUAAGCUUUUAUUUUCCAGAUGGUGCAAAGUGGCACAUUAGUCUAGUCUUGUAAAGCACCAGUGAGGGCAAGAUAUUAUUUAAAUUUAUUGAAAAUAUUUUAACUUCAGAGUACAAUUUUGUACGGCAAAUGCAUAUACUAUGCAAGGAAAUAAUUAUGACCUGAAGAAUACAAAACUUAUCCUUUAAAAUGGCACUUUGCUUUUUUUCCUGAUUUACCUACAAGGGAAAAAAAUAAGUGGCUCAUCAGUUUACAUAGCAUGGCAAAUUGUACAAAAUUCUUUUACAAAAACAUUAAACACAAUAUUGUAAAUAUCUUUUAUGUUCUCAAUGCUUCUUGCACGUUUCAAGAGUUGAAGAUUCUUGAGUAGAAUUUUCUUCAUUUUUUCAGUAAAGGAAAUUCCCCAUAUUAUCAGAAACGUGACUUAGCCAAGUGUGCUACAAUUUAAAUGUGUGUUAAAUGUUUUAGGUGUUCUAAAGCAAGGGAAAGAAAUCUAAUUCUUGAAGUGGCUGAAAGUUUUUAUUGAAGCCAGUUUUUAUUCAGUGGCUCAUUCUUGCUUUGUAUAAUUCAUUUACUUACAUUUUUUUCUUGUCAGAAAUUCCAGGUAAUGAAAAACGUUUGCCCAUAUUUUUAAUGCACCACUACAGUAAGGUCAUAUUUUCUGUCUAUUUGGAAGUGACUGUUGAUUUCCAUCAUUUUGGGCAAUCCUGCUGUAUGUUUUCACUUGACUAAUCCCAUUGACUUUGGCUAUAUAUCUGAUGCUGUGUUGGGGGAAAAUAAAUAACUGACACGGUUUAUUGAUCAGCAUAAGUCAGUCAGUACCCAAAAUAUGAGCCAAAAUACAGUUGUGAUUUUUCUGGGGGGAAAAAUGCUUAAAGUGUGUGUAUUUUAUAUAUAUAUAUAUAUAUGUAUAAACACUACUUGGACUGAUGCCUUGCAAGGUUCAGCUUCUUGUGACUCUGUAUUGGAAUAAACCAAUUUAGAAGACAGAUGGACAGAAAGACCAAUCUGUCUUAAAAAGAGGAAAAGACAUACAGCUUAGUAUUCUCAAUGAUGAAAUCUCAAAAAGGAAGCAAAAUUAGAUUUUAAAUAAAAGCGGAGUAGAAAUAAAACAUGCUGCCACUGGUACCCCGUCUCUGUCUAUUUUUAAAUGUGUAGAAUAUUUCAUAUGCAACAUGCCAAGCAGUUACUACUCCUGAAAACACUACAAAAGGAUACGAUAUGUUGUGCUAACUUGACAACUCACAUAAGAAACUACAACCCAGAUAAUAAAGGCUGACUCCCCCCAUGUUAGUCCUUGAAUAGCAUCUAACAUACAGCUAGCAACACCAAUGAACAAUUUCUAUGUUUUUUUAAUUGGCUUGACUCUUUUAUUUAUACAUGUUAUGUUGUUGUCUGAGCCUGUCAGGGAACCAUUUUAGAGUUUUUCUCCUUUUUAUAUUGCUUGUAUACCAAGCACAACUAGAUAAUUUUAAAAAAGCAAUUUAUAGACAAUCAAGGUUUUUUUAUAUAUAACUGCUUUGUUUUGGAUCUUUCCAACUGAAGUCAUUUCAUGACCCUGUCUUGCAUUCCAAUUAAAAUUGCACAUUUUACAAAUAUAAUUGCAUAUUCAUAGUUUUUAUUUUUAGAAGUGCAGAAGCCUCCUUCAUUUUUUUUUACUAAUAUAUACUAUUAUGCAAUAUAAUGUACUAUUUUAAAAUGUUUGGUUCAAGAAAAUCCAAAGGUAAUAUUUCACAUUCCUAUAUAGCAAUACAUACAAAUGCCAAAGUUGUAUUUAAAAUUAAUUUUAUUAGUGUCACCUUUUUGUAUUAAAAAGUUGUAGAAAAUGUAAAUAUGUACAACUGUUAUUGCAAUAUAAAUGAUGCUUAUAAUCUGAGUUGUUUAAAUUUGCUUUUUUUUUUUUCUAAAAAAAAUUUCUUGCUCAAUAAAGCAUGAUUGUU